AUGCGAAAUUGGGAGAACCCGGUUAUGCUUGCGUGUAACACGGCCUCGAAGAAAAGUCUAGCUUCUUGCAUUUUCCUCAUCAUCAUCUUGUUAUGUCCGGUUGUAAUGUCUCAAGUGGUUGUGCCAGAUUCAGACGCAGACUGUCUCUUGAGAUUCAAAGAUACAUUAGCAAAUAGUUCGGUGUUUAAUAGUUGGGAUCCAUCAACAUCACCGUGUCUAGGAAAUGACGCGAAUUGGUUUGGUGUUCUUUGUAGCAAUUACGUUUGGGGGUUACAACUUGAGGGAAUGGGCUUAACCGGGAGAUUAAACCUCGAACCACUGGUUCCUAUGAAGAAUCUACGUACCAUAAGCUUCAUGAACAAUAAUUUCAAAGGCCCCAUGCCUGAGGUUAACAGGCUUACUUCGUUGAAAUCUUUGUAUUUGUCUAAUAACCUAUUUUCGGGGGAGAUACCCGGGAAUGCAUUUCAAGAUAUGCCCCAUUUGAAGAAGAUUUUGUUGGCGAAUAACGCGUUCAGGGGAACAAUUCCUUCUUCUUUAGCGUCUUUGCCCAUGCUUAUAGAGUUGAGGCUAAAUGGUAACCAGUUUCAAGGGAAACUACCAUAUUUUAAACAAAAGGAUCUUAAACUAGCUAGCUUUGAAAACAAUGACCUCGAUGGACCGAUACCCGAAAGCCUUCAAAACAUGGAUCCAGGCUCAUUUGCAGGUAACAAAGAUUUGUGUGGUCCUCCAUUAAGUCCAUGUUCCUCCUCUCGAGGAAUUCCUGUUAAUCCAACAUCUCCUCCUAGUCCUCCUAUUAGUCCUCCCCAGGGGAACAAGACCGGAUCUUUUAACACUAUAGCGAUCAUUUUGAUCGUUAUUGGCAUAAUACUAAUGAUCAUGGCGCUUGUGAUCUGUUUCAUUCAGUCAAGAAGACGAAAUUUCUUGUCAGCUUAUCCUUCCGCAGGCAAGGAAAGGGUAGAGAGCUACACUUAUCAUCAACCCGUGAUUAAGAACACUAAACCCGCUGAAUCUGUUGUGUGUCAUGGAAAGAGAGGAUCCAUGCCUGAUCCAGCAGGCAGGCUUCUAUUUGUGCGUGAUGACAUUCAAAGAUUCGGUCUUCAAGACCUUCUUAGAGCUUCAGCUGAAGUUCUUGGUAGCGGAACAUUUGGUGCUUCAUACAAAGCAGCAAUAUCUAGUGGACAAACAUUGGUCGUGAAGAGGUAUAAGCUUAUGAACAAUGUAGGAAGAGAAGAGUUUCAUGAGCAUAUGAGACGGUUAGGGAGAUUAAACCAUCCAAAUCUAUUGCCUCUCGUCGCUUACUAUUACCGGAGAGAAGAGAAGCUUUUAGUCACACAGUUUAUGCCUAAUAGCAGCUUGGCAAGUCAUCUUCAUGCGAAUCGUUCCACGGAUCAGCCUGGAUUAGAUUGGAUAACACGUCUAAAGAUCAUAAAAGGAGUAGCAAAGGGUUUAUCUUACUUGUUCAAGGAGUUACCGACCCUAACAAUCCCUCACGGUCAUAUUAAGUCAUCGAACGUGGUUUUAGACGAAUCAUUCGAGCCAUUGUUAACUGAUUACGCUUUAAGACCAGUGAUGAGCUCAGAGCACGCACAUAACUUUAUGAUUGCAUACAAAUCACCAGAGUAUAGACCCGCGAAAGGACAAAUCAUAACGAAGAAGACAGAUGUUUGGUGUCUUGGUGUGUUGAUCUUAGAGCUUUUGACAGGGAGAUUCCCUGAGAAUUACUUAACGCAAGGUUAUGAUCCAAACAUGAGUCUUGUGACUUGGGUUAGUGAUAUGGUUAAGGAGAAGAAAACAGGUGACGUGUUCGACAAGGAAAUGAAAGGGAAGAAGAAUUGUAAAGCUGAAAUGAUUAAUCUGUUGAAAAUUGGGUUGAGAUGUUGUGAAGAAGAAGAAGAGAGGAGGAUGGAGAUGAGCGAAGCUGUGGAAAUGAUUGAUAUGUUGAGAGAAGGAGAAUCUGACGAUGAUUUUGGUUCUAUGGAUCAUCGAGGAAGUAAUAAUUUAUAUUCUUCGAUGUUAUUGGACGAUGUUGACUUUGGUUUCUCGAUGAAUCGAUGA